CCCAACCGUUUGUGAGCUCCAGGGCAGAACGCAACGCACACAGGGCAGGUUGGUGCGACGCAGGGACACAUCCACGGGAAAGACGACGGUUCAUGGGAACAUCCAGUGAAGAAGCCGAGCAGUUACAGUGGGUCCAACUUUGCUGUGUGUAGAAUUCGAAGGAUCGUGAGCCACUUGAAGAUGACUGUUAAAUAGCCAGGAAGGGACCAACAAAGGACCAGAGGGAUCAAAGUGAAGCAAAUCAGCAUGGCAGCCUUCAAACCCGAAAAUGUGUCAGAUUUCUAUGAGAUUGGGGAAGUUCUGGGAAGAAUUCCCUCCUUUUAUUCCAAAUACCAGGGGCCAGACAAAUACAACUGUCUGUGUAAUAUGCGGCCACAUGGGGGACAUUUUGCUCAGGUUCGACAGGUUUGUGAGCGGGCCACUGGCACUUGUUGGGCAGGCAAGUUUCUGAAGAUUCGAAAGAACGCUUGCAGUCGUCUGGGCCUGGAGAGGAGCAGUGUAGAGCAGGAAGUGGAGAUUCUCCAGGCUGUUCAACAUCCAAACAUUGUGACUCUCAAAGACGUUUUUGAGAGCCGAGCCGAAGUGGUACUUAUUUUGGAGCUUGUUAGUGGAGGGGAGUUGUUUGACUUUGUUGCUGAGAAGGAGAACCUGCUGGAGAGUGAGGCCAUUGAGUUCAUGAAGCAGAUCCUGGAGGGACUGGGAUUCAUGCACAGCAAGAACAUUGCCCAUUUUGACCUCAAGCCAGAAAACAUCAUGCUGUCAGAUAAGAUGUCACCACACCCCAACAUCAAACUCAUCGACUUUGGUCUGGCCCACCAUUUUUAUCAGGGGGAGGAGUACAGGAGCACAAGUGGCACCCCACAGUACAUCGCUCCUGAGGUGAUCAACUAUGAGCCUCUGAGUCCAGCAGCAGAUAUGUGGAGCAUCGGAGUUAUUACCUACAUACUAUUGAGCGGUUUUUCACCUUUCCAAGGUGAGACGAAUGAAGAUACUCUGAGGAACAUCAUUGCUAUGAAUUAUGAGUUUGACACACCGUAUUUCAGCACAACCAGCUCCAUGGCCAAAGACUUCAUCCAGAAACUCUUGGUGAAAAAUCCCAAUGAAAGAAUAACAGCUGAAGAGUGUCUGCUUCAUCCAUGGAUUAAGCCCAUCACACGCAAACAGAUGACCAACAGGAAUCGAUCCUCAAUCAAUAUGAAGAACUUCAAAAAGUUCAACGCCAGAAGGAAAUGGAAGAUGUCCUAUAACAUGGUGUGGAUGUGUAAUCGGCUGGUCCAGUUGAAACUGCUGAAGGGCAGUCCAGAUCAAGGUCCAGAUCCAGUACAGAGACAAUGUGAAAGUGACACAGAAGACACCGAAAGCAAGCCUGCCUCUCUGUUGCGCCGAAGACUAAGCAGCAGUUCAUAGAGCUGACCAGAGGAAGGCAGAAGAAUCCAGGAUGUACAGCAGAGCAGUGAGGUCUAGGCUGGAGGAGAUCUCUGGUGGGAAGUUUUUUCUGUUAACACUGUCCAAGUGAAAUAGACUUAAAAUAUUGUUAAGUUUUACACACUGUCUCAGAAGAGCCGCUGAUGUCUCUCUGAUUUGUCAAAUAAAUGCACACUGCCUCAUCUGAUGAACAUUUCUUUAUGAAGGACUUUUGGAAGAUAAACUUUUCUUUUAAAGUCUAGCUCACUGGGGUGCAUACCAUGUACUAAGGCUGAGUCUGGGUUAGAUACCAGCCUGGGCCCGUUGCUGCAUGUCAUCCUCCCUGUUUCUCUCUCCCCUGCUUGUCCUGUCUCUCCCCAGUCUCCAGUCCUCAAUAAAGCAGAAAUGCCAAAAGAAAAAAAAACUAUAGAACCCAAAAGAUAAUUUUCAGUUGGGAUACAUGCCUUUAAUGAUGCUUGUUUGAAGGAUAGAAUGUAUUUGAUUGGUUACUGAUUUGGGGGAAACUCUUUGAUAACCCAGUGUGCAAAGAAAAACUUUGGGUAAAACUAUAUUAUAGAUAUAAUGGAAAAUGAAUUGUAUGUUCAUGUCUCAUGUCUGUUGUGGUUAAAUCUUUUAAACUGUUUACCAUAUGUCUGAUUGCCUGACCGCUCAUGUUUCUUGCCCUGCAUGACAUGUAGAACAGAUAGUUCGGAUGGGGACCUACAAUUAUUUAUCCACAGUCAAUGUGUUACCUGCAUUGGGUGGUGUGCUAAGCAAUGUACUGUUGUGAACAAGGUCAGGACGGAAACCGACACCAAAAAGAAGACACACCUAAAAUACUAUCAGUUUAAGUGUACGCUAUAUUUUCAAUGUUUUCACUGCUUGACUAUGCUGACAGUCCUUUCCAUUGGUACUAACAACAACCAGUAAAAAUAUGCAGUUACCACAGAAGUUUCCCCUCUUUCUCUUUUGGCCCAUUCAGGCUCCAUCUGCAGAAGCACUUCUUUUGUAUACUCUUGUUCAUAAAGGUAUCCUCGUCUCCACAAUGAACUGCAUUUAUUUGUUGCUGCUGUCAUAAUCACUGAUUUUUAUUUUCUUGUAUUUGUUGUCUCUUCCACAAACUGCUGAAAGCCUGACCUAUAAUAAAGUGUGAGGCACAGUU